AACACACACACACAUGGCUCUCCUGUGCUAAACAGAACCCAAUCUCGUCGGUCGGUCCUCGCACUCGCAGCAGCACCAGUAGACACCGUCCCAUGCGUCCAGCUCGUCAGGUCUCUCUCGCUUGCCAUGCCAUUGCCAUGGCUGCCGCGUCCACGAAAUCAAGGGAGGAAUAUUUGACUUGUGCACCUCCAACUGCCAAUCAAUCAAUCAUAUCGGAAGGCUGCCCACCACCGCGGCGGCGGCGCUAGCUCGUGUCCCCGUCACCGUCACCACAGCUCCCGGGCUGGCUUCCAUGUGUGGAGGGGGAAGAAGACAGAAGAGGCGCGCGCGACUCGCGGUCAUUUUCACCGCAUACUUUUUUUCCCCCAUUUAUGGAUCUGGAUACCAUCCGUCAAGCACCCACUUUUAACUCCCAUUCUUGUUGAUCGAGGAGACCAUUCCUGUGUGCAAAAUCUCAAGUUUCCUGGACAGUAUUGCACAGUAGAGAAAUCUCCCCUCAUCUACUUCUACCUACCUGGUAGUAUUGCACAGUAGAGAAAUCUCCAGAACCCCUCCCCGCCCAAAUGUCUCUCUCACCCUCCGGAACGACAAGCCAGUGGGCCGCUGAAAUAAACGUGUCUAGUGAUUCCUUCUUUUUCUAUUUUAUUUAAACGUUUCUUCUUUUUUUUCGAGAAUCUAAAAACCGAGACGUUUAUCGAGAAUUUGAACAAAUACCCCCUCCUCCCCGCUCUGUUUUUUUUUAUUAUUAUCACGCCAACACGUCCUCGUCAACAAAUAUGUGAGUUUGAUCCUCCACGGUGGCCCAGUUCGGUUCUGAAUUUCUUGACGUGGGCAGCUGGCCUGUUGAAAGGGGCGACGAAAAGGAAUGCAAGCUCACCCGAGCUGGACCGGAAAAGGGGAGGGGGGGUCAAAGAAUGAAACAGCCUCCCUAGGGGCAUGUGGACGGUGCUCUAGUCUUGCUAUCCUACCGGUACCCAGUGUGCCUGCACAGAUUCUUUUGUGUUUUUUUUUCUUUUGCCCUCCCCCUUUUGGUUGAGAUGGAUGACAGAGGAUAAAGAACACAGGACCAGACAAAAGGCCACAAAGCAAGGACUUCACUAGAACCUACAACAAAAACCAAAACAAGAAAACAAAUCGCUAGGGAAGAAAACGCAUUACACAAACAAUCUCACAGCUAAUCAAGCACUCCAUAAUACUAAAAAAAAUACCCUGCUAUGCUAAGCACACCCGACCCUACUCGAGUCCUCAGCAGCACUGCCACCACUUCACACAACCACCUGUGACUUUCCAGUCUGUACCCUCUUCUCUCUCAAUCCCCUCCCGUUUCCAAAAAUUUGGCCCCCUCUCUCUCUAUCUCUCUCUCUCGCACAUCUCACAUUCUCACCACCACCACCUCCUCCUCUCUCUCCCAUCUCCAAUGGCGGCCGCCACCCACACCUCCCCUUCCGGCUGCUCCGCCUCCGGCAAGCCCUAGCCCUAGGCAGGCUGCUCCACUCCCCCACGCACACACCACACUUCUAUGGCCGCGCUACUCGCGUUCCUCCUCCUCCUGCUGCUGCUGCUCUCCGGGGGCGCCGCCGGCGACGACGUGGCGGCGCUGCUCGAGUUCAAGAAGGGCAUCGCGGGGCGAGACCGGGACAGGGUGCUGGGGUCCUGGUCGCGGCCCGCGACGACCGAGGCCGGCAGCGGCGGCGGGUGCCCCGCGUCGUGGCGCGGCGUGGCGUGCGACGGCGGCGCGGUGGUCGGCGUGGCGCUCGACGGCCUCGGCCUGGGGGGCGAGCUCAAGCUCGCGACCCUCGCCGGCAUGCGCGCGCUCCAGAACCUCUCCCUCGCCGGGAACGCCUUCUCCGGCCGCCUGCCGCCCGGCAUCGGCUCCCUCUCCUCGCUGCGCCACCUCGACCUCUCCCGGAACCGCUUCUACGGGCCCGUCCCGGCCCGCCUCGCCAACCUCUCGGGCCUCGUCCACCUCGACCUCUCCCGCAACAACUUCACCUCCGCCUUCCCCACCGACGGGAUCCAGCAGCUGCAGAACCUGCGCCGCGUCGACGUCCGCGGCAACAGCUUCUGGGGCAACGCCACCGACCUGCUCGCCAAGCUCCGCAACGCCGAGCACGUCGACCUCAGCGACAACCUCUUCACGGGGACCAUCGAUUUGGACCUCCGCAGCCUCUCCAGCAUCGGGAACACGGUCAGGUAUCUCAACCUCAGCCACAACAACCUGGACGGGGGCUUCUUCCGGAACGAGACGGUGGGCGCGUUCAAGAACUUGGCGGUCCUUGAUUUGAGCAACAACGGGCUUGCUGGCACAGUGCCGAGGCUCGAUGCGUGGUUCUCGCUCGAGUUUUUCAGCGUUGCCGGGAAUGGGCUAUUCGGGAUGAUGCCUGAGACACUCCUCCAGAAUUCCAUGCGGCUUGUCGAGGUUGAUCUCAGCAGGAACGGCUUCUCAGGGUCAUUGCCGAUUGUGAAUUCUACGACUUUGAAGGUGUUGAAUCUCUCUUCAAAUGUCUUAUCAGGAUCAUUACCAGCCACCAUGGGCAAAUGUACCUCAGUUGAUCUUAGUGGGAACCUGUUUUCAGGGGAAUUAGCUAUAUUACGUUCCUGGGAUGGGAUUGUUGAGGUCAUUGACUUGAGCUCAAACAAAUUGGUGGGAAGCUACCCAAAUGAUGCCUCCCAGUUUCAGAACUUAGUGUCACUGAAAUUACGAAACAAUUCAUUGUCAGGGUCUCUCCCUUCGGUGUUGGGUACCUAUCAGAAGUUAUCUGUCCUUGAUCUGAGUCAGAACACCCUCGAGGGAUCUGUGUUGCCUACUUUCUUCAUGUCACCAACUUUGACUGUGUUAAAUCUUUCUGGAAAUAAAUUUUCUGGAACUAUUCCAUUUGAGAGCACCCAUUCAACGGAAUCAAUACUUCUUUCAUCUCAACCAGGUCUCAGGAUUGUUGAUCUGUCCAGCAAUUCUUUGACUGGGCCAUUGCCACCAGAUAUCUCGAACCUGCAAAAACUUGAGUUCCUCAUUCUUAUGAUGAAUGAAUUAUCUGGGGAGAUUCCCAGUGAGAUAAGCAAGCUUCAAGCACUGGAGUAUAUUGACUUAUCACACAACCACCUGACAGGCAGAAUUCCGGAUAUGCCUCAAAAUGGCCUGAAGGUGUUCAAUGUAUCUUACAACAAUCUACAAGGAACUGUUCCCAAAAGUAUCGAAAAGUUUCCUUUAUCUUGCUUCCGACCUGGAAAUGACAUGUUAGUUUUCCCAGAUGGCCUCCCUGCUGGAAAUGAUGAUUACACCGGAGUUUCUCAGGGCCAAACAUCUCAUGUACAUAAGGCUGGUGUUCGAGUUGCUCUUAUUAUUGGUUGCAUUGGAGCUGUUUUGCUAGUUAUCUUCAUAGCCCUAGCAUUCUAUGUGGUCAGGUCUCAAGAGCUUUGCGGAAGAAAUGGAUUUAGAAGUCAGAUCACUAUCAGGGAUCUGAAGGGGAGAAUAAGCCCUCCAAAUCUGUUCAAGCCCCCGAAAGAUAAUGUGAUACCAAGUAAAACAAGUUUCUCAAAUGAUCAUCUCUUAAGAGCCGCAGCUAGAUCGAUGUCUGCCCAGAAAGAGUUAUUGGCUGAAGCCUCUGUUGAAUAUGGCUACACUGAUCCAAAGGAAGUUGCCGAGUCCACAAGUUUAGGUGUGACCGAGACUUCUUCUGCAAUCCAGGCUCAGGAGUCUUCUCCACGGUCUGCAUUGCCAACAUCGCCACAUUUUGCUGAUUCUAGAUUCCUUGAGGAACCUGUUGCUUUUGAAGUAUACUCUCCAGACCGGCUGGCUGGAGAAUUGAUCUUCAUGGACAGCACUUUGGUUUUCACAGCUGAGGAUCUGUCACGUGCACCGGCGGAAGUUCUUGGAAGGAGCAGCCAUGGAACAACGUAUAAAGCUGUUCUACAAAGCGGGCAUGUCCUAACAGUGAAAUGGCUGCGUGUCGGUCUUGUGAAGCAUAAAAAGGAGUUCACAAAGGAGAUAAAGAGGAUUGGCACUAUCAGGAAUCCAAAUAUAAUUUCAUGGAGAGCCUUCUAUUGGGGCCCUAAGGAGCAAGAGAGAUUAAUUAUUUCUGACUAUGUCAAUGGUGAUAGCUUGGCACUUUACCUUUAUGAGUCGACUCCAAGAAGAUACUCCCGCCUAUCGGUUCCUCAGCGUCUCAGAAUCGCCAUCGACCUAGCCCGCUGCCUCCAGUUCCUACACCAGGAGAAGGGCUUGCCGCACGGCAACUUGAAGCCAACUAACAUAUUCUUGGCUGGUCCUGACCUCUCUCCAAAGCUGGUGGACUACGGCCUGCACAGGUUCAUGACUCCAAGCGGCACCGCCGAGCAGAUACUGAAUCUAGGAGCGCUAGGGUACCGAGCCCCGGAGCUGGCGAACGCGGCCAAGCCCGCGCCCACGUUCAAGGCGGACGUGUAUGCGUUCGGGGUGAUCGUCAUGGAGAUGCUGACACGGAGGAGCGCUGGGGACAUCAUCUCGGGCCAGUCCGGCGCGGUCGACCUGACCGACUGGGUCCAGAUGUGCAGCAGGGAAGGGCGGGGCACUGACUGCUUCGACCGAGACAUCGCCGGCCUGGAAGAGUCCCCGAGGGUCAUGGACGAGCUGCUGGCGGUCUCGCUUAGGUGCGUCCUCCCUGUAAAUGAGAGGCCUAGCAUGAAGACGGUCUGCGAUGACCUGUGCUCCAUAACAGCGUGAGUGAGUUUCCCCCUCCCCCAAUGUACAUGUAACCGAUCAAUUUUCCGCCCGUUGGUCCUGAUUUUUUCUCUAUCCCGUGGGGGUUCCAGAGCCUUGUAGACAGGGCUUGUUUGAUUUGUAACUGCUAGUGUAAAGAGGAUUCGAUCCACCCAUUGAUUGAUUGAUAUCAGCCAUUGCCGUCUUUC